UUUUAGCUGACGGGUUAAGCUUGGGCUAAACUCGGCCCUCUGGAAAGACCGAUCCUCUUCAGCCCUACGUUUAAACACCUACCCUUUCUCUCUCCAUCUUCUUCCUUCUCCUUUUGACGGGAGAUGAAACUGAUCCAAAUUAGGGUUCAAGUGUUCGAAUCUGCAGAAAAUUUUCAGAUUAGUUUUCUUGGUUAUUGAAAAGCUCUGUUCUUUGUGCAUCUCUCGUAGUCUAUAAAUUUCUUGGGUUUCUCAAUUGAGAAAACCCUAAACACCCUAAUCUCCUCGCUGAGCUUCCUUUUCGAAUUUGUUCUUUUCCGGUUGGUUUUGGCGAAACUGCGGAUAAACAUAGCGGAGCCGACACAGCGGAACCAAGCUUGAGAUUAGGCCUAGAGGUUAGAAGUUCUAGAAGAGCUCUCUGCAACCAUGCCUCGCAGGCGUGAUGAUGACGAUGAACUAGACCCAGAGGACGAGCAGGAAGACGAAGAAGAACUAGAAGAUGAGGAAGAUUACGACGAUGGAGGAGGUCGUGGUGGUUCUAGCAAAAAGCGCCGAAGAUCCGAGUUUAUUGACGAUGUAGCCGAGGAAGACGACGAAGAGGAGGAUGAGGAUGACGAAGAGGAUGACUUCGAUGGUGGUCAUCGUAGCCACAAGCAAAGGAGACGGACUGGCUCUGAGUUCUUCGAGCUUGAAGCUGCAGUCGAUAGUGACGAGGAAGAGGAUGAGGAAGAAGGCGAAGAUGACUUUAUAGUUGAAACUGGUGCGGAGUUACAAGAUGAAGAGGAGGGAAGAAGGAUGCGUCGGCGCCCUUUACUACCACGAGAAGAUGACCAAGAGGAUUUUGAAGCUCUUGAAAGAAGAAUUCAGGAACGAUAUGCAAGAUCAAGCCACACAGAAUAUGAUGAAGAGACGACAGAUGUUGAACAACAAGCUCUUUUGCCAUCAGUUAAGGAUCCCAAAUUGUGGAUGGUUAAAUGCGCGAUUGGUCGUGAGCGGGAGGUUGCUGUUUGCUUAAUGCAGAAGUUCAUUGAUAAAGGAUCUGAGUUGCAGAUUAGGUCAGCAAUUGCACUUGAUCAUCUAAAGAACUACAUAUAUAUUGAAGCAGACAAAGAAGCCCAUGUCCGAGAGGCUUGCAAGGGUAUGCGUAAUAUAUAUUCUGCAAAAGUAAUGCUUGUUCCAAUUAAGGAAAUGACUGAUGUUCUUUCAGUCGAAAGCAAAGCAAUUGAUCUUUCUAGAGAUACAUGGGUCCGGAUGAAGAUCGGGACUUAUAAAGGAGAUCUUGCAAAGGUUGUAGAUGUGGAUAAUGUUCGGCAGAGGGUUACAGUGAAGCUAGUCCCAAGAAUAGAUUUACAGGCCAUUGCUAAUAAAUUGGAAGGUAGGGAAGUUGUGAAGAAGAAGGCAUUUGUACCCCCUCCACGUUUCAUGAACAUAGAUGAAGCAAGGGAGAUGCAUAUCCGGGUUGAGCGAAGACGAGAUCCAAUUACUGGUGAUUACUUUGAGAAUAUUGGUGGCAUGAUGUUCAAAGAUGGCUUUUUGUAUAAAACAGUAUCAAUGAAAUCAAUUAGUGCUCAAAACAUACAACCAACUUUUGAUGAGCUUGAGAAAUUCCGGAAGCCUGGAGAAGAUGGAGCCGGUGAUAUAGCUAGUUUGUCUACCUUAUUUGCUAACAGGAAGAAAGGCCAUUUUAUGAAAGGAGAUGCAGUUAUUGUUGUCAAGGGAGACCUCAAGAAUUUGAUGGGUUGGGUUGAGAAAGUAGAGGAAGAGAAUGUCCAUAUUAGACCAAAAAUGAAGGGCUUACCGGCAACUCUAGCGGUGAAUGAAAAAGAACUUUGUAAGUACUUCAAACCUGGGGAUCAUGUGAAAGUUGUUUCUGGUGCUCAGGAGGGUGCAACUGGUAUGGUUGUUAAGGUUGAGGGCCAUGUGCUCAUCAUUGUGUCUGACACUACAAAAGAAGAUAUUCGUGUAUUUGCAGACAAUGUGGUGGAAAGUUCUGAAGUAACUUCUGGUGUUACCAAGAUUGGAGACUACGAGUUACAUGAUCUUGUGCUGCUUGAUAAUAUGAGUUUUGGUGUAAUUAUACGUGUAGAAAGUGAAGCUUUCCAGGUGCUCAAGGGAGUUCCUGAUAGACCCGAAGUUGUGCUUGUUAAAUUAAGGGAGAUAAAAAGCAAGAUUGAGAGGAGGGUCAAUGCCCAAGAUCAAUCUAAGAAUACAGUUUCUGUAAAAGAUGUUGUAAAGAUUCUUGAGGGCCCAUGCAAAGGAAAGCAAGGUCCCGUUGAACACAUAUAUAGAGGAAUAUUGUUCAUCUAUGACAGACAUCACCUCGAGCAUGCUGGGUACAUUUGUGCUAAGGCUCAGUCUUGUGUACUUGUAGGUGGAUCACGUGCCAACAGUGAUAGAAAUGGAGAUUCCCUGGCCUCAAGGUUUCCUAAUCUGAGAGCUUCACCUCAUAUCACCCAGUCACCGAGAAGACCGCCCAGAGGACCCCCAAUGGACUCUGGUGGAAGACAUAGAGGUGGAAGAGGACAUGAUUCUUUAGUUGGUAGCACCAUAAAAAUUCGCCUUGGUCCCUUUAAGGGAUACCGUGGGCGUGUUGUAGACGUUAAUGGUCAAUCCGUCCGGGUUGAAUUAGAGUCCCAAAUGAAGGUUGUCACAGUUAACCGCAAUCAGAUCUCUGAUAAUGUGGCAGUUGCAACUCCAUACCGUGACACACCUAGAUAUGGUAUGGGAAGUGAGACACCAAUGCAUCCUUCACGGACACCAAUGCAUCCAUAUAUGACUCCUAUGAGAGAUCCAGGAGCAACACCUAUUCAUGAUGGUAUGAGGACUCCUAUGAGGGAUCGUGCUUGGAACCCCUAUGCACCAAUGAGUCCACCAAGAGAUAAUUGGGAUGAUGCAAACCCUUCCUCCUGGGGCACCAGUCCACAGUAUCAGCCCGGAAGUCCUCCUUCCCGGCCUUAUGAAGCCCCUACUCCUGGUUCAGGUUGGGCAAACACCCCUGCUGGAAAUUAUAGUGAAGCUGGAACUCCAAGGGAAAACAGCCCAGCCUAUGCAAGUGCUCCGAGUCCUUAUUUGCCAACAACUCCUGGUGGGCAGCCUAUGACACCGAGUUCUGCAUCGUAUCUGCCUGGUACUCCUGGUGGACAGCCAAUGACCCCUGGAAGUGGUGGCCUUGAUGUCAUGUCACCCACGAUAGGUGGUGAAAGUGAAGGGCCUUGGUUUAUACCAGAUAUAUUAGUAAAUGUAAGGAAGUCCGGGGAGGAAUCUGGUGUCGGGGUCGUUCGAGAGGUGCUUCCGGAUGGGUCUUGUAAGGUUGCUCUUGGAUCAACCGGCAAUGGGGAGACGAUUACAGUUUCUCAGAAUGAAAUGGAGAUAGUGGUACCAAGGAAAUCAGAUAAGAUCAAGAUUAUGAGUGGGGUGCAUCGUGGUGCCACCGGGAAGCUGAUUGGUAUUGAUGGAACAGAUGGCAUCGUUAAAGUAGAUGAUACACUUGAUGUUAAGAUUUUGGACAUGGUCAUUCUAGCUAAAUUAGCACAAGUAUAAUAUUCAAUAAUGUUGUUUUAAUGAAAUGUUAAUGUAUCUAUUGAUUUUGAGCAUC